AUGCGGGGCGGGAGGGACGUGGUGUUCAGCGGGGACGCUCUGAAGUGUCCUCUCAGGAUCCGCGUGUUGUGGAAUGAAGUAAUGGCACACCUGUACCGGGCGGUCUCUGCAGCUUAUGGACGAAGAAGAAUCAGUGUCAGGUUUUCCAGUUCAGGAAUGACCUUAGACAGUAUCAGUCGGGCAGCUGUGGAUCGAAUAAUCCGGGUGGAUCACGCUGGUGAAUACGGAGCAAACCGAAUCUAUGCAGGACAGAUGGCUGUCCUGGGCCGGACCAGUGUUGGGCCAGUCAUUCAGAAAAUGUGGGAUCAAGAAAAGGAUCACUUGAAAAAGUUCAACGAGUUGAUGGUUGCAUUCAGGGUGCGACCGACGAUUCUGAUGCCCUUUUGGAACGUGGUGGGGUUUGCACUGGGUGCGGGAACUGCCCUGCUUGGGAAGGAGGGAGCAAUGGCUUGCACUGUGGCUGUGGAAGAGUCCAUAGCACAUCACUAUAACAACCAGAUCAGGACGCUGAUGGAGAAGGAGCCUGAAAAAUACACAGAACUUCUUCAGGUGAUAAGGAAAUUUCGGGAUGAAGAGCUAGAGCACCAUGACAUAGGCCUUGAACAUGAUGCACAACUGGCUCCAGCAUACACCGUCUUGAAGAGCCUCAUCCAGGCCGGAUGCAGCGCGGCGAUAUAUUUAUCAGAAAGAUUUUAAAGUAUGUCCACUUUCCCCUGUUUAUAAAAGAUGACAGUGACUAAACGAGUAGCGUUGGCAGAAAAGGAAAUGUGCAAUUAUCGUUACAUGAAUUUUGUUAAUAAACUUCAAGAGGUU